CCAGGAUCUCUCUUUAUAACCCUGCUGAUCAUUUCUGCUGCAGAAGUUGAGCUUUCCAAAAGUAUCUCAUAUCCCAUCCACAGUUUAUUUUAUUCAACCAAAAUGAGCGAGAGAAGACAGACAAGGAACCAAAUCCGAGGCCCGCAUUCGGCACUUACCGAUUUCCUCGCUUCCAACAACAUAUCCGCGGCUCAAAUCCAUCAAGACUACCAAAGACGUUUGAGAGAUGCAGAACGCCAGGUUGAUGAGGAUCAAGAAAACUAUGAUGAAGACUCUGCACAUGAGGGCACUAGUGAGUCGCCAGAGCAGCAGAAGAAGCGAAAGCGUAGAGAGAUUGUUACUCUGGCCAAAAUCAAGCAAAGUAAAGAGUUCGCCCGACGCAAGGCGCGACGAACUGGCGAGCCAGAUGAUGAUGACGAUUUCAUCGCCCGCGAGAUGAUGCACGAACGAUCGCGUCCGAUGCCGGGCCAGCUUGGCAAUUGCGAGCUAUGCAGUAAACGCUUCACAGUUACUCCAUACAGCAAGACAGGACCAAACCACGGUCUUCUUUGUGCUACAUGCUCAAAGGCACAAACAGACAGCGAGAGAAAAGCAAAGGCAAAGAAGCGCGGACCAAGAACUAGUCGACGUCAAAAUCAGAGCAAUCUUCUCGACGGACUUGCUCAACAAGGUGCCCUGAGCUUGGCCGAGAUGUGCACGAAGAAAGUUGCAGAUAAUAUCAACGAUAUCGAAGAGUUUGGUGACUUGCCACCACAACUAUUGCUUCGUCUGAGUCAGAUACUCUCCAAAAGGCGGGUCAUGACACCUCGGACUCUCAAUCUUUUCCUUCGCCCAGACCUUAACUCUAUCGAUAUUUUCGAUGCCGCUAAGCUUGAAACGCAGGACUUUGAGAAGAUUUUCGCAUUCAUGCCUUCUGUGACUCAUGUCAACCUUCGCUUUGCAGGUCAAUUGAAAGAUCAGGUCGUGGGCUACAUGUUGAGCCGUGAUCUCCAAAUAAAGAGCUUACAGUUAGAUGCUACCAACUUGGUGUCCGAUCCCUCAUGGCGGCAGCUGUUCCAAAGGCUAGGACCACAGCUAGAGAGCCUCAAAUUGUCCAACCUUGACUGCUCUUUGGAUAACGAAACCGUGGAGGCGUUGAUCAGCUGCUGUACUGCACUUCGGUGUUUGAAAUUGAAACACUGCUGGAUGCUUGGGGAUCGUUCACUUCAAGCCAUUUCUAACCUGACAAGCUUGGUGCAUUUGUCUUUACACUUUUACCAGGAAGUGGGGAACGAAACUCUUCUUCAGACCAUAAAUCAGGUGGGGCCAAGCUUGCAAACAUUGUCAUUAGAAGGCUUCACUACUGCGGAUGACCAUCUGCUUGACAUGAUCCACGCCAAGUGCAGGACAUUGACCAAAUUACGCUUCUCGAAUAACGUCACAUGCAGUGACAAGGGAUUUGUGCGUCUUUUUUCAGACUGGCAAAAUCCUGCUCUAGAGAUAGUGGAUCUUUCAUCAACCCGUGAUAUCGAUAAUGCUAACCCAGAUGGUCCGGCAGAAGCCACAGGACUUGCAUCUCAUGGGUUUAUUGCACUCAUGAAUCAUUCAGGCUCUAUGAUUCGCAAGUUGAAUAUCUCGUCCUGUCGUCACAUAUCACAUGCUGCCUUUGCUGAGGUUUUCUCGGAUGGGCGCACAUAUUCCCGUCUGAGGGAGCUCGACGUAUCGUUCCAUACGCUUAUGGAUGAUUAUCUCGUGGGUCAGAUCUUUCGAAGUUGCCCAAAUAUACAAAAGUUGGUGGCUUUCGCCUGCUUUAACAUCCGCCAUAUCAAGAUACCUCCAGGUGUUGCGUUGAUAGGUGGCUUGAAGGCACAAGACUCCUUUGUAUUGGAGGGAACUUCUCAAUCACAAUCGAUGGUUGUCAAUGUCUAACAAGACGGGGACUCCUAAAUCAGCUAGGAAUGAAUUGAUGGCUACCAGGGUCAAAAGUAUCACGGGUUAAUUUCAUUUGUUGUUUUCAUAACAGACUCUCGAAAUCAGGAAAUAUGGUCAGGUCAUUUAAUAUCAUACCUGGCGAGAAGCCUUCUGUGGUUUUUUAAACAUGCGCAUACCUGAAGUGCCAUCGCCUUCAUCCCGAGGCUUCUCAGUGCAUUGAAAAUCUACGUAUCGUUUAUGAAGCCACUGGUAAAGAUACUGGGAGAGAUAGGGGAGAGCUGGCUUGUAUGCUGACUAAUUUGAAUGCACUCGGGGAUUCUUCCUAUUGUGAAAGGAUGACGAAAGGGACAUGAGCCCCGAUAACCAAAUUCAACGUCCUGUGUGUUUCAUUUUCUG